AUGCCCUCCCUGGCCAACCUGACGCAGACCCUGGAGGAUGCCUUCAGGAGGGUCCUCGCGGGGUACAUGGACGCGUGGCGCCGGAACACGACCGCCCAGCAGGACGCCCUGCAGGCCCGCGUGGACGCCGAGAACUUCUACUACGUCAUCCUGUACCUCAUGGUGAUGAUCGGCAUGUUCUCCUUCAUCGUGGUGGCCAUCCUGGUGAGCACGGUCAAGUCCAAGCGGCAGGAGCACUCCAACGACCCCUACCACCAGUACAUCGUGGACGACUGGAAGCACAAGUACAGGAGCCAGAACCUGAGCCUGGAGGAGGCCCGGGCCACCGUCCACCAGAACCUCGGCGCCGCGGGGUCCAAAGCGUCCCCCUGAGCCCUGGCCGCGUGGCUCGGUGGACAGAGCCUCGGCCUGCGGACCACAGGGUCCCGGGUUCGACUCCGGUCAAGGGCAUGUACCUGGGUCGCAGGCUCCUCCCCGGCCCAGGCCCUGGUCGGGGCACACGCAGGAGGCAGCCAAUCGAUGUGUUUCUCUCACAUCGAUGUUUCUCUC